GUCAAGUCAUAGCAUUGUGAUUUUCUUCUCAGUCGACACUAUAAUUUAAAUGUUAUUUACUUUUUUACUAUAGUGAAAUAGUAUACGGCCAACAGAUAAUGUGUGAUACAAUUUCUCCAAGCUGUAGUGUGCGUAAGAAUAAAAAUUCUCCAGCAAUAAAUGCUGUUGGUAGAGAUAAAGACAAACGUAGACCAAUAUUGAAAAAGAUGAUAUUAUCACAGAAAUUAGUACCAGCUGAUGGUGGAAAAAGUAUUUCAGCAGGCAUUAUUACUCGGAACCAACAACAAACAUCAUGUAUUCCCAGGGAAGCCACGAAAUCAGCGUCCAGGAUUGGUAACCAUUUAGGUCAAUCUGCACUAGAUAUUUGUAAAAGAUGUGGAGACAUGCAAAGCAGAAAUAAAAUAACAACUAGCUCCAAAACACACAUAUGCAAUUCUAAUAAUUUAAUGGAUGAUAUUAAAUCUCCAAAACACUUAGCAAUAAGUAAUCAAAGAAGUUUAGUACAAGAGUAUUACAAAAAUGAACUGUAUCAACGAUCGUCAGGAUCAAUUAAUACCUGUGAUAUUAAUAAGAAAGUGUCUCUGGAUACCAUAACAGAACAACCAGAGAGGAGUUGCCAUAAUUCCAGUGAUACUCUAUUUAAAAUUUAUCCUGACUCAUCAGAUGACGAGUUCCUGAACCCAAAUGACCCUGAAGUUAUUCAAAAUUUAAAGGAAUUUCGCAAUAAGAACUUUUUUGAAUGCCAUUCAGUCAAAUCAAGAACUUGCUCUGAGAGUGCCAGCGUUUCUGGUAGUAAAAAACACAAAUGUAUCUACAGAUUCUAUUUAAAUGAACGUCUCUUCCCAGUGCCAUUAAACACAGAUCAUCAUGAAACAAUAAGAUGCAUGGAAUGUCAGUUGCCAUUACAGUAUGAUGAUGACAUGUCAACUAAUGGCAUGGUGCAAGCUAAAGUUAAAUUAAAUAAUAAAGUGCAAGAUAUGAUGCUGUUGUUGCCAGUAAAGAAAAAUCUAAUAAUUAAAGAGAAAAGAAAAGAGGCCAAAUUAAAAAAGGACUUAAACUCAAUGUAUUUUGGGAUAAUAAAAUUAAAUAUUAAUGGUGACUCGGUGUUUCAUAGAUCACUGCCUGAUAAUUCUUUGGCUUUAAAGUAUCAAAAAGGAUAUCAAGAGUUUAUUCAAAAAGAUGUAUAUGAGUAUGACUCUAUAAAAGAUGGUGAUGUCAUUAUCAUUUAAGAUAUAUUGGAAUUUAUUUAAUAGAUAAUCUCCUACUAUCACAUGUAAAAUAAUAUUUAAAUCUAGAAUGAUUUAGCGUUACUUAAAUGAUUUAUUUUUAUUUUAUACCUAAUUUGACAGCAUUUCUUAUGUUUAUACUUAUUAAACUCAGUAAUUCUCUAUUGGAUGAUAACUUGGCUAAUGGCAUCAGUCCCAAAUUUAAAUAUGUAUUUAUGAUUGAAAAAAAAUCUAAAUAAAUAAUAUAUUUAUAAAUUAAAAUAUUUAAUAAAGUUUUACUCUUGAAAAUGUUAUGAUUACAGAACUUUUAUAUGACUUUGGUUCUUUUCCUUAACUAGUAUUAAAACAAUAAUAAAGUUAUGAGAUAAAUAACCCCAAAUUUUUUGAAAUACACCAUUUUGUUGAAGUUAGAGUAGUGUUGCACCUCAGUCACUGUCAAUCAAUUGUACCCUGGUCAGUGGCCAAGGUUCAUUUAGAUGUUGUACUUUGGCCUGGAAAAUAUUUUCUUAAAUUAUUUCACAUUAAUGUUAUAUUAUAUUCCUAUUAAA